AUUCAAUAUGUUUAUGAUAUUCAAAAUGGCGCUUAUGAAGAACUUUUGCAUGCGUCCGUUCGACAUCCCGGCUAUGUCGUGGAUUUUGUUGUGUUUGACCACAGUUUGUGAAGAUAUUUAGAUACUCUCUUAGCCGACUUGAUGCUAUGGAAUGUUAUUGUGUAUUUUUGUUGAAAUCGGAUCUAAUUAGCGCUUGAAUUUGGUUCUACUGAAUUCCAAAACCUGCUUCAGUUGCAGACGAGAAUAGAAGGAGGUCUCUAUCUCGUGCGCUUGAGCGAUUACACAGAGAUUUUUUUUUAUUUCUUCUGAUUCUUCACUGAUUAAAUUGAAUGAGACCAUAUUGCUUAACUCGAUUAUUGAUUGUCGUGUUCCAGGAACCUCUCAGAAACUUAAAGCUGAAGUCUAUAACAAUGUGACUACGGAGUGCACUGUGUGUUUGCUGAGGGCUUCAAAUAAUUGAUUCAAAUCAUGAUUUCAAUCGGAAAACUGGUAAUUAAAAUUCUUGUGUACAGAAAGGUAUUUGAAUUCUAAAACACUGAAAAGAGUAUGUAUUUGCCGACCAUUAAACUUUUUUAAGUGUCGUCGAUGUGAAUUCCAUGAAAACGUUCGAUGAGUGUUUUUUAGUAAGGCUAUGGAUAAAGCACAAUACAAGAUGUUUCUUGUUUCUGCGGAGAUGAAUAUCGAGUUUAAUUGCAAAGAAUUCUAUUUGAAAUAUCUUGUUUCCAGAUCAAUCAAUUAAAAGGAGAGAAGGAAAAAACGAGAAAUAGAUGUACGCUGCAAAGAAAAUGGAUUGGUAAAACAAUUUGUCAGUAGUCUGCGAAGCGAAUGCUAGCAAUCAGUAAUCAGAGCGAUCGCGAAAACUCGCAUGAUGUUUUAGCAGAUUCACAUUAUAAUUUUCUGUGAGUUCAAUAAAAAGGGGAAGAAAAUGUGUUAAACGUUUUCUCCUCUUUAGAUGAUCAUUUGCACACUGAGAAAUUGUUUUAUACAAGGGACCCCAGAAGAUUUCAAUCUGAGAUUAUUGGCGGUAUCUGCGAUAAUAUUACAGUCGGUGUAUCUGACACCAUGGACCAUCAGCUAGAUUAUUGAUUGAAUUGAGUUAAUGUCCAAAAAAUAGCGUGUGCUUUAUGCGACGAUAAAAAAAAAACCAUAGUGGGAAAGUAGAUCUGGGGAAAAAAUAUGAUUUGUCUACCUUGUAAAAUUCAGAGAGACUUUUCUCUGUUAAUAUACAAGUGUAUUUGAAGUCUCUCUGGAUUCUGCAUUGUUUUGUGAGGUUGUGUCUAGAGAGCCACUAAGUGAGCACUAGUGAGUCCUUCACAGCAGAAAAUGGCAUUAACUUCAAGUAGACCCCUGUAUAAACAGCGGACUGAAUCGCUGCCCAACACUUUGACCUCUGUUAUGUUUGGUAAUGGUCAAAUCAACCCAGAGGAUAACCCCAACUACCUGGUUUACAAAAAGAUGGAGAGAAUUGUUGAGAUGAUGCAGGAUGAGAGUACAGGUGUACCAGUGAGAACUGUCAAGAGUUUUAUGUCCAAAGUGCCAAGUGUUUUUACAGGUGCUGAUCUAAUCACAUGGAUCAUGAAGAAUAUAGAUGUCGAUGAUCAAGUAGAGGCAGUUCAUGUAGCCACUCUGAUGGCAUCCCAUGGCUAUUUCUUCCCUAUAGAUGACCACUACCUGAUUGUCAAGAAUGAUAACACAUACUACAGAUUCCAGACACCCUGUUUUUGGCCAUCUAGAUGUGGAGAACCAGAAAAUACAGAUUAUGCUGUUUACUUAUGCAAGAGAACAAUGCAAAACAAACAGAGAUUGGAGCUGGCCGAUUACGAGGCAGAAAACUUGGCCAGACUUCAGAAGAUGUUCUCCAGAAAAUGGGAGUUCAUCUAUAUGCAAGCAGAAGCCCAGGCCAAAGUGGACAAGAAGAGAGAUAAACUGGAGAGGAAGGUAUUGGACAGUCAGGAGCGGGCCUUCUGGGAUGUCCACAGACCAGUGCCAGGUUGUGUAAAUACAACUGAAGUAGACAUUAAGAAAGCAUGUCGAAUGAAUCGACACACCAAGAUGAUUCGCGUAAGUAGCAUGCCAAAUUAUGCAGUGCCUGGAGGCAGAAUAAGUCCCAGCAUAUCGGAAGCUGAUUUAUGUAAUCCAUGUGACAAUAUACGACAUGAUAUAAGUCUAUUAAGGAAAAAACUAGAAAAAAGAAGAGUUAAAAUAUCAAAAGUUACUGAAAGUUAUUUAGCGUAUUAUGAGCAGUUUGCAGAAUUUGAUGCUUUUAUAACUGCUCCCGACCCGUCUAACCCCUGGAUAUCUGACAGCACAGAUUUCUGGGAGCAGGAAAAAACUCUAAAUCCCCGAGAUAUCCCCCAGCGGAGGGUAAAGCGAUGGGCUUUCACUGUAGAAGAAUUACUCAAAGACCCUGCUGGAAAGGACCAGUUUAGUAAAUUUUUAGACAAGGAAUUUAGUGGAGAAAAUCUCAAAUUUUGGUUGGCUUGUAAAGAAUUGAAAGGUUUACCUAUCAGGGAAGUACACCGCAAAGUACACGAAAUAUUUACGGAAUUUCUGGCACCUGGUGCACAUAAUCCAGUUAAUGUUGACGGAACCAUCACAGAACUUGUGAGGAACCGGAUGGAAGUUAACCCAACGAGAUACGUUUUUGAUGAAGCUCAGGACCAUAUAUUUAAAUUAAUGAAAAGUGACAGCUAUAGUCGUUAUCUAAGAUCUGACCAAUAUAAGGAAUUCCUCAGUGGCACACGGAAAAAACUUGUUCGUAUGAAGGUCGGUUCUUACAUUUUAGUUAUAGAUGUGCCAAUAGCAAAAGCACUGUAUUGUUUUUAAGCAUAAACCUACUGUUGUCUAAUAACUAUACAUAUUCUAAGCUUUCAAAAUUCCAAAUCUUACCAAAUUUUUAAACUUAUUACAAAUUUACACCCUCCACUUUCUUAUAGCUAUUUUGUCUAAGUUCUAAAGACAGUAAUUUAUCCUUAACCUCUUUUUUUCUGAUAAAUUCUUGCUGUGGUUUGCAUUAGAAAGAAAAUUACAUGUACCCGGUAUUCAUAUACAUGUCCAGUGUUUAUGAGGAGCACAAAGAAAAUUGACAUGAAAAAAUAUUUUGGAGUAUUAGCAUAACAUUAAAUUUUGAAGCCGAAUAAACAUGGUCUAUCAUGACGAAAAAAAAAGAUGAUAAUUUUUUAAAGGCAUCUUUUGAGAAAACCAAAAAAGUAUUCUCUACUAAAUUGCAGUUUUAUUACUAAAUCAUCUAUUUGUAGAGCAAUACAUGAAGCUGACUUUAAACAUUGUGACAGUCUUUUUUUGUAUAAAUAUCUUUUUAACAAACAGGGGAAAAUACCCAUAUUUCAAAAUUGAAUCACAGAUUGCAGGUGGAUAAAAAAAUGUUAUAAAAAUCCACAGAUACAUGUACUGGGUAUCUGCAUUUUUGUCUCAUGAUAUACCAGUAUUUUUUUCUACAUGCAGUUACAAAUUAAUUAAUUCAUAGAUUCCAAAAAGAGACAUCAGCAAUUAAUAAAAAUAAUUUAAUGUGCCACAUGUAAUUAUGAAACAGAUUUUGGAUAUUUUAAGCAAAUUGGCAGCAAGGACUUUUUAUAUUCUCUUCCAUCUAUAAUCAUGCAGUUUUUUUUUACUUGCACAAGGUUUUGCAAAAAUAGUACAGUUUCACUUAUCUAGAAAAGACUUUAUUUACAACUAUUUAUCAGGUAAAGAGAUUAAUGUAUGUUAGACAAUAAUUAUUGACGGAAGUACAUACUUCAUGUAGCACUUGCCUUCGUAAAGCUUAUAUGUAUAUAUAUUUUUUUGCAAAAAUAAUUUGAAUUGAAAUAAGCUUUUCAGCUUAUCGUUUCUUUAAUGAUAAAUGAGUAACAUUCUAAGAUUGUAUUCAGCAGUAAAGUAAUAUGCAUGAGCAUUUCUGUGGUCAAAAUUUGCUUAAUGAAUAUCUGUAUGUUGAAUGCCUGCAAACUAGCUGUAUUAAUUCUGUCUUUUUCCCUCAGUUUCUGCUCUGACUAUAUAUAAAUACAGUUGACCAUUAAUUAACACACUAUAAAGUACAGUAUGAUGACCGUGUCCCUGAAAAGUUCUAGAUAACUGAGAUGAAUUCAAUAUUUAUUGGAACAAUAUGCUUCCAAAGAAUAUUGGUAAAAAACUAAAUUGAAGUCUUUUCUAUUGUUCAGAAUAUCAGAAAGAAACCCUGCAUGUCUUCAUAGAUUGAUUGAAGAAGAAAUGUUUUGAUUAUUGAGAAUUACUUUUUAUUUACCUUUCUUUUUCUAUUUUUUUCCUUCUUUUUUAUGGCAUGCUUUGCAAAUAUUGUACAUUUUUCUGCGUGAGGUAGGGGUUAUACACAGUCCUCAUUGGGAACACAUUUGGAUCUGAUUUAAAAGAUGUAUUUUUAGAACUACAUAUAUUGUAUUAACAUUUGUCCUAGUACAUUACUACUUUUUACUAACUAUAAGAAGAGUUUAAUGGAUGAUCUCCAGAUAAGUAUUUAUAAUCAUGCACUUUUAAGGAGUAAAGCAUUGAUAUUUAAUGUUAAAUGAAAAUUCUGCUGCAUUUGGCUUUUGUAAACAUGCAUGGACCAAAUCUUUUACAGAGGAUGAACAUCAAGAUAUAGCUAGGUGUACUUGCCUUUAAUGAUAAUUGAUUUUAUUUGUGUGCAUGAGGAGGCAUCCAUUUCUCUACUAACUGUUCUUGUUAUUACUAAUACUGUGUAUUGUUAAUUGUCCUUUUGUUUCUGACAGACUAGAUCCAUUAUACCAAAGUUACCGAGUUUAAAUCUGGGUGGACAGUGAGCUUGCAUGGAACAUGUUAUUGCACAAUUCAACACCCAUCAUUCAGCACUCAAAAUGGCUUCCCUAUUGUCCAAAGAACUUUAUCCCGAUUGGCUGUUACUGCUUUGCACACCUUUUGUGUCUGUUAUUGCUACCUGUAUGCUACUUGCUGUAUGGUUUUAAGGAAUUUUACACACUUAACUGCUGAAUAUACUACUAAAUUAAAAAAAAAAACUGGUUUGAUGAUAAGCCAGAUAAUAAUUUUUGUGUGUUUCGUAUAUGUGGAAACUUUUUAUUCUUGAUCAUAUGUUUUCAUACAAUUUUCCCUACCCAUUUUCUAGAAAUAAUUCUGUGUGUUUUGAGUAUAUUUUGAUACAUAUAUAUAGUAUAUUGACUUUUUCAGAAUAAUACCAUAGCAGGGUUUUUUUUUCUCUCACUUCGUGCAUAUUUACUCAAUUGCAGAGCCGUAAACGGUUGGAGAUAAGAAAAGUAGCCGUUUGACCAGAACGUGAUUUCUAAGCUGACUGUGUGAUUGACUUAAAUCGGCUUCCAAUUAUUGACCGGAAAAGGUCCAGAUUUAGUUUUAUGUUUAUGCUGGACAACAAAUUCACAAUGCUGCUCUCAAACAGCAAUCAUGCUUACAAAGCUUUGAGGAAUUGAGCCAUUUUAGUCGAUAUCUUCUACUUUCCUUUAAAAUAUUCUUCCCUUUGCAGGUUAAAGCCAUAAUAGUAAAGGUCGACCAAGUAUUAAUUUUGCAGCCACAUUAUUAUUUAUAGAUCGGUUACAUCCUCAUGAUAAGCUUUUUUUUUCUUUCUGAUCAUUUUUUUCAUUGUAUGUAUAAUUUCAAAUAUCUGUGAUAAUUUAAGCUAUAACAAAAACCAAAUUCACCAUAAUGUACAGUGUUAUAUGAUUUCAAAUACCUUGCAAAAUGAUGCUCAACUGUAAAUUUUCAUGAUAGUUUCGAAGGGGAAAAACUCAAAAGAACACAUAUGGGAUUAAAGAAUUUGUUUAAUUUUCACGUUUUAUUACAUUAUCUAAAAAAUAAUAUAUUUUUGCUUUUAACAUAUCAAACCUUCGUGUAAAUUUUUCAUGUUCAGAAGAGACUUACAUACAGGUAUAUAGAUAUUAUCUAUACUAGAUUUUUGUACAUAUAUAAAUGACAUACAUGUAUGUUCGUCCUGGGCUUGUGAUUAUUUUUUCAGGUAUAGAAAUAGACUGUUUUGUGGUGCUACUUUAUUUUGUGUUCUGGGGCAUUAAAACAUUUGGGACAAGCUGACAUAGCAGGUAUAGAUACCGUCAAUAUACCGGGUAAAUCUAUUUAUGUGAAAAUGUGAAUAAAAUUUGCAUGAAUUUACAUAUGCAUGAAUACUUCACAAAAUUUAAUUUUGAAUUACAUGUUUGACUAUCAAAACAAUUUUCCAUAUCUGGUAUUUAGAAAAUACAUAAGUUAAUGGAUGAAGAAAGUAGUUAUUCCGUUUCAAAAAAAUGUGCUUCAUUCUAAAAAAUGCUUCAUUGUACCUUAAAUAAAGUAUUAUAUGCCAUCAAAAUGCUGAAAUAAUUGCACAACGAAAAUGGACACUGUCAUUCAUAUGUUAAAUCAUUGCCAAACAAUUAAUUUAUAUGAUUUUAGGGACCAAAAUAGUACUACAUACUAGAUACUUAAACCAAAAUGAAUACUUAUAAGUAAAGGAAAUAAUCUUUCAAGCCGUUUUUAUUAAUUUAAUUGUUUUUUUUUUACAAAUCUGAUUUUUUCUUCACAUAAAAUUUUAUUGAAAUAAAGAUAUAUCUGUUUCAAUAUAUAUUAUCAACAAAGGUUGGAAGUUAUAACAAUGAUUUUCAAUUUAUGCAAAAAAUUUCGAUGUGGAUUUUUACUAAACGAAAGGGUAUACCUAUAUUGUUGUACUAAAACUUUUCAAGAUCUAAAGGCGGAAAAAGAUAACAUGCAAAUUAUGUACCAUGCACUGGUGACAACUAAACAAAAGCAGUAGAAAAAAAAUAUAAUUAAAUAUAAAAUCAGUAUCAUGCAUAUAAAUGUAAAAUUAUUAUUGAUGCAGUCACUUUUUUGGCAUUUAACAGUUCUGUUAAUAACAAACAGUGAAUCCUCCAUUUAAAUAAUAGAUUUCACAAAUUUCUUCUCAGAACGCAAAGUUUGGAAGAAAUUCAAAUGUUAAAAUUAUCAAUUCUUAUUUUAUGAAACAUAGAUCCUUAAGGAAAUAUGUUUAGUUGGUGCUAAUUAUAUCAAUUUUGUGGUACUCUAAUAUUUCUUUUUAUAACAUCCCUGAUAUUUUUUUUUUUCCAUUAAUUGAAUGGUUUACAAAACAAAUGACCCUUUUCAAGUCAUCUAUAUAGCCUUUCAAUUUAAAUAAAUAAUAAAUGAGAAAGGAUUUUAUUAAUGCUGAAAUUAUAUUCUUUCAUUCAUUUUUUUCCCCAAUUUUCAUCAAGAAAGUUAAGGUUCAUCUAAUGCACAUUCAUUUUGUUUGGUAUUAGUUUUAUGUGUGAACAAGUCUCUUAUCACAAUUGAUCAUACCUGUUGUAUAUAACUUAUACUUGUAUAUAAGUGCUAGUAUAUUUUAGGACAGAUGAAUGUGUUUAUGUGAGUGUAAUAAACGUGUAACUUUUGCAACGAUGAUACAUGUUUAGAGAAUAUUGUUAUAUUGUUUGAAGGAAAUUAAGUAUGUUUUAUCACUGAUUUAUCUCCCCUUUUUGUUGCUCUGACUAGUGAAGUGAAACAUAAUUACAGCAUCUUGUUUGAAUAUAAAACUGACUGUAAGAACACAUUUAUGUGAAAAUAUAAUUACCACAAAUUGGUCUAUUCUUGAUAUAGGAUACACCAAUCAGUUAUAUCCCUAGGUGAAAUGAAUAUGUCUAAAUAUAAGUUAAAGUGAAAUCCAAAAAAAAAUUCAUGAAUUUUAAAAAAUGAAAAAUGUCUUAUUUAAAUUAAUAAGCAAAGAAACAUUUUACAUUCAGAUGAAAAAUUAACACAAUGGACAUUUCUAUCAGCUCUGUUUCCCUCAUUAUAUUCUAAAGUUUGUUCAUUCCAUUGCCUUUCAUAUUCUUGUUUUGAUAACGGUACUAAUGGGCAUUUGGAAUGUAUUAGCCAUGGCACACUUCUACAAUGAUACUGUUCUGUUUUCUAAUAAUAUCAUAAGUAUUUGAUAAUUUGUUAUUGUGGUGAUUUUCCAUAAAAGGGGAGAGUUACUGUCAGUGAUAUAGCAAUAAAGUUAAAGAUCAAAUC